AUGGGUGGCCAAACAGGAAACUACUACAGUGUAGAGGAGUACAACAGUUGGAAGAGGAAGCUCGGAGCAAACUACAGGAGUCCCCCAAAAGCGAAUUUCCUCGCCGCUGCAACAUACAUACGUAACCUUCUCGAUGGAAAGAAAAUGAACUGGGCCGCCAUCGGCGGGCUCGCCAUGCUUUGCCUUGGUUCACGACGAGAAAUGCCUGACAUUCACAUUGUAUACGAAGAUCGAGACUACAACAAAAUAAAGAUGAAGCUUGAGGCAGACCCACGGGUGAGGUUACCACGCGAUAUGAACCCAUUAUUCCCCUCGAAGAUCUUGAUCAGUACUGGUCCAAAAUUUAGAGACGCCGGUUGCACCCACGAUAUGGAGGUGGAGCUUGACUUAGUCCCACCAGGCUCACAAGGAACACCCCCAAACGAUGUUCUCCGGAAGAACCAAAACCUUUUACGGCUGAGUAUGGACGGGAAGAUGCAAAACUUUAAGGGCUUGAACAUACUCUACCUCGUGAAAACAACACUGGAAUUUUGCAAGCGGCAAGACUUGAUGUGGGACCCAAAGCACGACCUAUACUUCUUGUGCUGCCAUUUUGGAAAAGAGUUGGAGGCUAUCCGGCAUAGAUUGGAUGUCAAGGCUUUCGAGAAGUAUUUCUUCUCGACUCUUUUCUAUUCGAGAUUGGCACCAGCAGACCAGCGUAGGUGCUCGGUGCCUAUACUCGGCAAGGAACUUCUCAGGUCCCCUCCUCCUAUGAUGGCUAUCACUCCUCCACCAGAGACCACUAAUCAAGCACCCACACUACCCAACGUUAUACCACCGCAACCUACAAGGCCCAUUCUUCAUCCAUCAAAGUCUACUCCCCAAUUAAGCGCUGGAAAGCCAAGUGUGAACAGCCUGCUCACGCCUCCUAUGCCUGGAAGGGCGAAGCUUGUAAAGCCUCCGCCGAAGGAGCCAAAUCUGCUACCGAAAGCCACGACCUCCAACCCCAACACAACAGCUGCCGGCACUGAACCCCGCGAGAUUCGAUCAAGAUAUCGUCAAACUGCCCCACCGAUCACCCCAGGUCACUCUAGAAGCGCGAGCUCGAACAUGCAAGCUGUUCCCACAGGCUCAAAUACGCAAACCAGGCCACGAUCAAUGGAGUCUCUGGCACCGUCUCGGCUACCAAAUGGACCAGUGUCCAACACUGUUGCUAGGGGUGUAGAGGGAGUCAUGAAUGGUCAGCAAGCUCUGAAAGGUGCUCCAUUGCAUAAAACCUCCUCAGCAAACAAUGGCGUUCCAGCUGGCAAGAACCCAGUCCCGAUCUUCGCGCAUUCCGUGCCAAUUCCCGAUCCAAGAAUCCACCCGGUGCCCCCGAUUCCCGCCCAAUUUUCUUCUCCAAAUCAUCCUACUGCAGCUUCGACUCACACGCAUCGCAACUCCCCUGGUGCACAUCGUCCUACAGCGUCUUCAACCGAGAAACCCAAAGAAGCAAAGGCCAGCGGAUUGAGGGUGGUUGGUCCAGACGGGCUAUACGCAGCACAGCCGAAGCCGCCACGGCCAACUCCUCCUCCGGCGCAGGCUCAGAUCCAAGCUCCACCACCUAAACAUGCUGAAACUUCUAUCAGUCCUCCUAUUAUACAUAGCCAAUCUGGCUUUGCAUUUGAGCUCCCGGGUUCAACGCCUUCUUCGUCGCGUUCUUACGAUAUCUCUCCGCUACAGUCACCAGACGCCACGCCAGUCAAGCUGCCCGAGGGGUUGAUGGUGCAUCAGGGUGCCCCAGCUCCCCCACGUAAGGCAUCUAUCCCACACGUGCAGCCACAGGCAACUCUACCACGCCCAGCGGAAGACGCAGUCCAUCAGCACGAUAUAGUGGCUGAACUACCUGCUGAUCAUCCGGGAGCAUCUGAAUGUCUGCCCACUAGGCCACACCAUCCUCGCACUCAGUCCGAACCUAUUGUAGAUUUUCCGUCCAGCCUCAUGGCUGGUCGCUCACAAAACGUUUCCCAGAACUAUAUCUCCCACGCAAUGCCUUCUCAGCAGCCCGAAUCAGAACAGAUACAAACUAAUGCUAAUCGAUAUGCCGGAUAUACCGUCAAUAAUUAUUAUCACCCAGCUGUAACUUCGCAAUACAAAGCAUACACAGGCGUUAUUACUCCUCCUAUGCCACCAACUGCUGCACCUAUAUCUCAGGACAAUCCAUAUCAUGACCAAAUCGACUACUCAAUGCUCCCUCGACCUCUUCAGUCGUCCCACAAACAAGUCCAGGAAUUCGGUCCCAGCCAUUCUGAACACAAGCGCUACGACUCAGCCUUCACCCCACCGCCAUCAUCCGGCGGAAAAGAGACGUACCAACGCGGCGACGAACCUCGCUUCGUCAACCUACAGCCACUCACUGGAUAUGAAGAUUUCGCCCAUGGACCAUACACUCCCGUCGACCUCCAGCAAAACCCCUUUGAGAACCAGGGACAAUGGCAAAACCAUAAGCAACAGUAUACCCUUGCCAUGAGCGCGCCGGGAGGGCAGCAACAGCACAACGCUUCCCCACAAAACCACAACUACCAAGCUUUCGCCGCACCACCCCCUGAGCAGCAGCAUUACCCACGAAACGACAGAUACUAA